AUGACGUCUCCCUCCCACAAUAAGCGACAUAGUCUCACAUCGCUUGCAUCUCCAAGCACGAGCACGGGCAGGAUAUUGGGACGAGAUAUUGCUGCCAGUCCCUCGGCCAACCGCAGUGCUGCUUCGUCACGCGCGAACCGCAUGUCCUGGCACUCGUCGACGCAGUCAAUGUCGAUGGCCUCAACCGCGACCCCAGGAGACAGGUCAUCCCUUCGAGCACCCCGGAGGAGUCUGAUUCCUACACCAUCUCCGAGAAAGGCAAAGCCGGUACCCGUUGUGCAAUUCCCUCCCGAGCAGCCGCCUCCAGAACAAGUUACCUCCUCUGCAAGCGAGGACGAGAGCCAGGCUGUCCACGAUGGAGGGCUUCAUCCGCCGUCCCCUUCUAAGGAAGAUGGGUCACCUCAAGAACUAACUCCAACCCUAAAAACAAUACCUCCACCCCCUGUCGAUUCUCCGGAGCCGCCGCCGACACCGAUAGCGCAGCCGCUAGAGGUUUCAGCAGCUGGACCUCAAGAUGCCAGUCAACCCGAGUUCUUUGAGUCCGAGGUCGACGCUCCCUAUAAUUCCACACCGCUUGAUCCCUCUAAUCAUGAAUUACCUUCAUUCACUGCGACUCCUCCUCGUGAUUCCUCUUCCCGGUCAUAUUCCAAGCUAGAACUCAAGUCACCCUCCCAUGCAGGGGUUCCCGAGCUUCCCGGUCCACCUACAGACGAGUCAGACAGCGAUGUGACAUGGCAGACCCCUGCGCAAACGCGACUGUUCCCGUCGGCCGCCGACUCUACGGCAUUCAAGACUCCGAGGCCUCCAGGUGCUUGGGCUGACACUCCAGCGGCCAGACGCAGACGGCGUUCAUAUUCGGAUUCCAUCUCAUUCAACCCGUUGGCACCUGCUUCUUCAGACGGACCCAAUUGGACUGCCAUUCAAACACCCCGUCCACCUGGCGGUUGGCUGGCGACGCCUGCUCCGGCGAGGAACGUCCAGUACGUUGAUCAGUCGGUCGAGACAGAUACGGAGCUGGAAUCGGAUGCCGGCGAAGGAGACUCGAGCCUUAUGGAACAGCGCCAGGGGCAACCACCUGCAGGUUUCUCGACGCCGGUUUCCUCUUUUGCCAAGGGCAAGUACCACGAUGCUCAGACUCCAGCGGCCCCAGGUGGAUGGGUUCCAACUCCCGCUGCAGCUCGAAAGAGUGUCAGGUUCGAUGCUGAACCUUCCGAGACGAGCGACGUCGGUGUUGGAACAGAGGAUGAUUUUUUGUUUGCUGAAUCGAAGGGAUUGCCACCUGUGCAGCUUCGCAACCCACUUCAAACGCCACCUGAUAGUCCGCAAUUGGCUCCCACGUCUCCUAGUCGUGGCAAGAAGGGACCUGGCAUCCGAGUCCUCGAUGCCUUCGGAAAUGAGACCAGGGAGGAAAACAAUGUUGACUUCAGUUCCAUUAAGACUCCGCGACGACAGCCGAUUAGGAUGGUGGAUGCGCUGGGAAAUGCUGUGGAAGAUAGUGUGGAAAGCGUGGAGGAGAAGAGCGAAGGAGAGCCAGCUGGAACUAAAGAGGAGGUGUUAUCUCGUAUGAGACAGGGACUUGACGAGCUUGUUCACGAAAUUCACGAUCUCGAUCGGUCCAGCGCUCAAGUCAAGUCUGACCUUGCGCAUAUCAAAGAGUUGGAUGCUGUAUCCAUCAACUCCAGGGAGAAGCGGAGGAAGCUGGUGCAGCAGAUGCGCGCUGCCAAUGACGAUGUCAAGGAUAGGCUUGCUUCCUUAACGAACGGGGGCACCGAGCAUUUGUCACAGACGCCUGCCACCGUCGUUGUGACCAGGCUCCCAAUUAGGUGGUUCUGGAUCGUUUCUCUUGCGAUUCUUCAGAUAGCAUUGGCAGUGGCCAUGUAUCGGUAUGUGGCUGUUUUCUCCGCUCUGGAAGGAUCCUAA